AUGUCGAUGGUCUUUGAUGAGUAUGGUCGCCCGUUCAUCAUCGUGCGCGACCAACAGCAAAAGGAGCGCAUAAAAGGAGUGGACGCCAUCAAGAGCAAUAUUUUAGCAGCGCGUUCUGUGUCGAGUUUGCUCCGCACGUCACUGGGCCCGCGUGGAAUGGACAAGAUGAUGGUCAGUCAGGAUGGCGACGUCACUAUUUCUAAUGAUGGUGCUACGAUACUUGAGCAAAUGCAAGUCGAACACCGCGUAGCACAUUUGCUUGUUGAGCUCAGUAAGUCACAGGACGACGAGAUCGGCGAUGGAACCACAGGUGUCGUCGUGCUUGCUGGCGCUCUUCUUGAGCAGGCUGAAAAGCUUUUAUCACAUGGAUUACAUCCAAUGCGCAUUGCUGACGGCUUUGAAGAAGCUUGUGAGAUUGCUUGUAAGUAUCUAGAGAAUAUUGGCGACGUGAUUCAGUUUUCAAAAGAAGACUCAACUCCUCUUGUAGAGACAGCUAUGACGACAUUGUCGUCAAAGAUUGUUAACAAGUACAAGCGUCAAAUGGCGCAAAUUGCAGUCGAUGCUGUGAUGAAAGUCGCUAAUUUUGAAACACGUGAUGUAAAUUUUGACUUGAUUAAGGUGGAAGGCAAGUCUGGAGGAUCUUUAGGUGAGACAACGUUGAUCAACGGCAUUGUUAUUGACAAGGAUUUUUCUCAUCCACAAAUGCCCAAAGAAGUGAAUGAUGCAAAGAUGUGCAUUUUAACGUGUCCAUUUGAGCCUCCAAAGCCUAAGACAAAACACAAACUUGAUAUUACUAGCGUUGAAGCGUACGAAAGGCUGUACAAACAGGAACAAGAGUAUUUUACGACUAUGAUUAAGCAAGUGAAGGAAAGUGGCGCUAAUUUAGUGAUUUGCCAGUGGGGAUUUGAUGAUGAAGCCAACCAUCUGCUGUUACAAAACCAGCUACCGGCGGUUCGUUGGGUCGGAGGUGUUGAGCUGGAGCUUAUUGCUAUUGCAACGGGAGGUCGUAUUGUACCGCGAUUCUCGGAACUUACCUCGGAUAAAUUGGGUCGCGCUGGUACCGUGCGCGAGGUAGCUUUUGGUACUACUAAAGAGCGUAUGCUCGUCAUUGAAGACUGUGCAAGCUCAGACGCCAUUACUGUGCUUGUGCGUGGUGGCAACAAGAUGAUUGUGGAGGAGGCUAAACGUUCGCUGCAUGAUGCUAUGUGUGUGACUCGCAAUUUGAUUAAAAACAAUCGUAUUGUGUAUGGCGGUGGUGCAGCUGAAAUUGCAUGUGGGAUUGCUGUGCGUGAAUACGCUGAUAAGACCACGGGCAUUGAGCAGUACGCAAUCCGUGGAUUUGCCGAUGCUCUAGAAGACAUUCCAAUGGCUCUGGCUGAAAACAGUGGAUUAAGCCCCAUCGAUUCGCUCUCGGCUGUCCGUGCGCAGCAGAUUGCAGAAAAGAACCCACGACUUGGCAUUGACUGCAACUCAUCGGGGACGAACGACAUGAAGGAGCAACACGUUUUUGAGACGCUGAUUGGCAAGCAGCAACAGCUUCAGCUAGCGACGCAGGUUGUACGAAUGAUACUCAAGAUCGAUGAUGUUAUUCUUGAAGGCUCGUACGCUUGA